AUGAACAAUUUACCUCCGAUUCCCACCAUCGAGGGUGACUUGAUGCUCGAUGUAUUCAAGCAUCACUCUGUCAGGGAUCUUCUUCCUGAAGAUAUCGGAGACCAAGCAGAAGCCGAAUACGGGGACACCGAUCGCGUCGCAGCACUUGGUGAAGCUGUUUUUACGAUGGUUGUCACAUCUAUCGCCUUUCAAAAACGUCCUCCACUUGAGCUUAAUCAGAUGCAGGCAGAGAGACAACGAUGGCUUUCUGAUGACGCGAUCAUGAACUGGGUUUCCUUAUAUCGUCUCAGGUCAAAAGUUUCUGCUACAAGAGAAGCCCGUGGGCAGCUCGAAAAUCCCGAGGUAACCCGCUUUCUUUUUAACAGCUAUAUCGGUGCAGUCUAUCAUCAGAAAGGGAUACAAGAAGUGUACUCUUGGGUUAGCCGACUGAUUGAACCCAAUGAAGAGCCUCGCAAGCUUCCCGGCACGGCAGCACCUAAACCACCAGGCACGCAGGCUGCUGCUCCAGCUGAUUAUCCAAUGGGACCUCCGCCGGGGGCGACACCCCCACCACAGUCUGUCCCUAGACUUGCUUACUUUAACCAAGUCACGACGCAGAUGGGUUAUAGUGUUCAAUGGGCAGCAGAAUCCACUGGACCGCCACACAUGCCCCGGUGGACUGUGCGAUGCAUAGUCAAUGGAACCGAAAGAGGAGUUGGCGAAGGCCGCAGUCAGAAGUUGGCCAAGGAAGUGGCAGCACAGCAGGCAGCUACUGCUAUGGGUACGUCAAAUGUUUCGACAACACACACUUGCUGA